AUGUCGAACGGCAUGAAUCAUGAUUUUGGAAAUCUGGUCGAUCAGGCAUUUGAAAAGGCUGGUCGCCAUGACCCUUGCAGGUACUAUUAUGCAGCCAUCACAUGCCCUAGUUAUAGAGCUGAGGAGUGCGAGCGAGGUGAGACGUGCCACUUUUCGCAUGGAGCUUUCGAGCACUGGCUUCAUUUAGAAAAGUACAGGACUCGGAGGUGCAACGCUGGCCCUUUUUGUCUCCGGAAGGUGUGUUUUUUUGCCCAUUCAGAACAUGAGCUCCUACAAGAGCAACCGUAUGGAGGAGAUCUAACCAGAUAUCACAACUGGUUAUUUGGUGGAAUUAGAGUUCCGGUGUACGCACAGGCCCAAGGUCCAGGGACCCACCCAGAAGUUAUUGCAUGA